ACCGCGACGUCGCACCUCGCGACAACGGCACCGCUCAGAACGAGUCAGGCGACCUUUGUCGACGUUCGCUUACCGUUAAUUUUGUCCGCGCUCUACUCCCGUUCUCGUCACGACCUGACGAUCGACCCGUUGAAAUUGAUUUUUUUCUCACUCUCCCCGUUUCGCACAGUCAACGUCCAGCAAAAUGACCGUCAUAACGAUGCCGUCUUCGGAAAAGAAAUCCGAUAACGUACCUCUUGUGGACAACAUCGAAAUCGAUCCCGCGUCGUCGCAGGUGAGUAGUCUGCCUCCGGUGGCCGUCGGCCACCCGUCCAGCCGUUUCAUUUUUUUUUUUUCUUCCCACCCGUAACCCCUGAGGCCCCGUUAACGUAUUCCCGGUCGCCGCCGGAUUUUCCCGCGCUCGUUAUCGGCGGCGACCCGACGGUUCUCCACCGGUUUCUCCUCGCCCCGUCUAGUUUUUUUGACGUCCAAACUUCGUCGUCCGGUUUUUUCGCCGCCCCCUCUCUCACCUAUAAUAUUACCGUGUUUACAUCACGCCAACGAUGAUAUUUUACUGUUGCGAAUUUAUCGUCUCGGGCGCGCGCGCGUGACGUGUUCGGGCCGUCGCCGAUAUCGUUUGUCGUCGACGGUAACGCGCGAGGUCGCCGACGGAACGGUGUACAAUGACGCGGAAAAAGCCGCGGCAUUCUCGCCGGCCGAUAGCGUCCGGAGAACGUGCCCGGAACCGUAAUCGGCGUAGCCGCGCGAGAGGCCGUCGUUUUUGAAAAGUCCGUUUGUCCGUUGCGCGCAAAAACUCGUCUGGUUAUCUCGUCUCGGCGGGCCGUUAUCUCGUUGAAUAUUUGCCGUCGGUCGGCGCGUGCGUCCCGAGACGUUAUCUCGGUCGUCGUCGUCGUCGUCACGUUCUUCGCGCGAUUUCCCCGCGACGAAACUUUUUAAUAACAAUGCGCGAAUAACGCGAUCGCUGGUAACGUACCGUAUGAUAAAUUUAUUGUACAUGGCCGUUCCGCGUCGUUAUCCGCUCGCGACAAUAUUGUUUGUUGUUUGUUUUUCAAUACAAUAGUUGCGAGUUAUUGGUCGGCGCGCACGUCGUCGUCUUGUCGUUUGUUUUCUCUUCUUCUUUUUAGAUUCCUCGGUAAUCGGCGGAAAAAUUGGCCGCCGACCGGGUCGGUUGGGUACGCGUAGGAAAAAAAAACAACAACAACAAAACAAUUAUAAUAAUAAAAAUACGCCGAGUUUACACACGGCGUUAUCUCCGGUUUUUACCUACGCCGCCGUACGUUAAUAUAAUGCGCAUUCAUUGUUGUUGUACACGUACCCGCAUCGUAAUUAAUAUCGUCGGUCGGCAUAACGUCCCGGCGUCCGUGAUAUUAUCGCGCCGUUUUCCCUGUAUUAUUAUUACUCGCAUUACGUGUAUUAUCGUCUUGGACGUACGAACAAUUACGUUACGCGCGUCGCGUGCGUAACCGUACGACGGUUUUUAAUGCGUUGUUGUUUCAUUUGUCCAAAUUUUUUUUUUGUUCCUCGUAUCGUCUGCGCGGGCCGAUUGCGAUUUAUCACGGACGACCAGGCGAUUUUCCCGCGUGUCCGAAACUACGUGCGUUCGAUACGGGUUUUUCACAUUUCCCCCCCCCCCCCCCCGCCCGCGCGUCCGUGCUUUUAUUUCAACCCCGCGUUGAAACCUACCCGUUUCCAGCGGUGUUCCGAAGUUCACUCGCGACACGCGUAUCGGCUUUGGGGUUUUUUUUUUCUAAAUAACCUGACCGCAACCCCAUCCCCCUGUCGAUCGCAGUUUCGAACGUGGAAAUUAUUUAUGUGUACCGCGCCAAUGCACUCUAGGCAUACCGUCCAUGUGUUAAGAACCGCCGUCACAACGGCUUUGGACCGGCCUCGGGAACACCGAGGCCGUGUAUCCUUUAAACAUAUUUCGUGGGGUGCAUGCGAUUUAUUACACUUCUCCCCACACCGGUGUAAACUUCACACUGUUGUAACGCGUAGACGGCGAAUGCGAUAUUAGGUGUUGCGCGCGACAAAAUAUCUAGAAGAACAUUCUCUGUUCGAAUAUGUGAUCGGGAUGGGGAGUUGUGGUUUAAAAACCCAAAGCAGAUGCCCGUUUCAGGUAUAAGGAGUGAGGGCUAACAGUUGGAAAUGACGUUAAAAUAAUGAUUAAACAAAACUGAGGUAAAAUUCACUUAAAAUCCGCGGAGAUAGUUGCUGGUCCGUGAUAAAAGAAUCGCCUCGGGUUCACCCUAUAUAUUCUUAAAUAUAAAUACAUAAAUAUAUAUAUACAGUUAAAACUACGUCACUGGCAAUUGUUUUUUUUUUUUUUUUUUGGCUGCAAGUCAAUAACAAUAAUACUUAAAUAAUUGAUAAAUACACUGUUGUUAAUCUAUUAUAUUGUCAAAUUAGCAUUGUGUAUUAUCGUUUUCCUACAUGUACGUGCACUUUCAUUAGAGAGUUUAUUGUUCGUAUCAUCAUAAUGAAUCUUUUGUUUCUGUCGACAUACCUAUAUUAUACUGGCAGAACCUUUGUGCUUCUAUAUCGUACCAACCUAUUCAUUUGUGCAGACUUUGAACGUUGAUAAAGCACUGACUGUCUGACAUUGAAAUAAUUGUAUACUUAUUAUUAUUAUCAUAUUAUGUUUUUUUUUUUUUUUGUAUCGUGGCCCUCAAAUAGUGUUAGGUCAAUCGUACUGUUAUUAUCAAUAUUGGUAUCUAUUCACAAACUUUUUUUCGUUAAGGUUACAAGUAUAGAUACCUAAUAUAUUCUUAAGAAUUAUUUUCAGAUUUAUUAUUGAUAUUGAAUGGUUUUUAUUUAGCUAAACAUACAGACAUAAUAUUAUUUUCAAAUCAUUUAUUUUGUAAUUAGUUGGCUGUAUUUUUGUAUAUGCCUAAUUAUCUUUAAAUGUUUAACAUAGGUAGUAAAAUUUUUAAAACAUUCUGGCAAUUUUUGAGCUAUUUAUCUAUAGCUAUUUGAAAUGUUUUGGAGUUUUUUAGUUUUUAUUUGGUAAUUCAAAUAAUUUGGAAUAUUUAACAAGGGGUUCAUUAUAUGUGGUACUUAAUGGUAAAAAAAAAAAAUAAGAAAAGUUGAAUCUAAUGUAAUAAAUUUCUUUCAUAACCAAUUUGCAAUACGGAACUUUGCUGAGAAUUGUUUUUUGAUAAAAAUGGUUUAUUAUUAUAUCGUACAGAUAUGACUUAAAUAAAUUUAUUUAUUCUACCUUUCCAAAUUUCCACCCCAAAAACAAAUAGCACAGACAUGCCCCUCCCUCAACAGCUCCUUUAGGUUCUAAACAGAGCCAAGAACAUUAUAUUUAAUUUUAACAAGUUUUGUUGUGGUGUCAAAAAGAUAAACAACAUUGUGGAUUGGUUCUCAUACAAAACACUAUAGGUACCUACUCAACUAUUAUUAUUUAACAUAUAUUUGUAAUAAUUCUUAAGAAUUUGUACGGUUUUUUUAAAAAUAUAAUACAAAUUAAAGAAACUAGGUACCUAAUUAUUUUUAAUAUGUAGAUAGAUAGUGUUUUAUUGACAAAUAGAUUAUCAGAAGUUUAUACAAACCAAUUUUAUUAAUAAACAAGCUUAUCAAUUAAUAUGGCAAUUAAAAACAUUAAAGAAUAAUGAUAGUUUUCGUAGAAAUUAUCUACUGACGAAAAUACAUACAAUCAUAAAAAGUGAAUAUUAAAAAAAAAAAAAAAUAGAAAUAAUUGCUGACAAUUAGACACGUAGUCUUAAAAUGUAUUAAAUACAUUGAUUUCCAAAGAAUUAUUAGGAAUAUCAAUGUAUUAUAUAGGCUCUCAACAAAGACAAUAUAUUUUAAAGUUAUAGGUGGGAAUUUAGGUAAAUAAAUAAAUACCUAAACAAAUGAAAUUAGGUCAGAUGGUUUAAUACACCCUGUAUUAUAACUAGUAUUGAUUUAGAACAGGGUAAAUGUUACUACUACAUACUUUGUGUUGCUUGUGAAUAAGUAAAAUAUAUAUAUAUUUAAAUUUAAAUAUUGUAUGUAUGAGGUUAAAAAAUAAAAAAAAUGUUAUGUUGUGUGUAUUAUGAAAUGUAAAUUUUACUGGUUUUGGUUUAUGUAGGUUAAUGGUUAAAAAAAGUUAUGAAGGUCGGAUAUUAUAUAGGGUACCUAAUUUAGUUUAUAUACUUACUGUAUAUAACAAUAAACCAUUGCAAAAGUAAAGCGAUUCUGAGCGGAGUUUGGCUAAACAUUUUUUUACAUAUUUAUAUUGAAAAUUGUAUUAAUUUGUAUGUAUAAAAUAAAUUACAAUUGCAUAUGUUUAUAAAUAAUUUUAUCACAAAUUCGAAAUUAAAACAUUUACAAAAAUAUAAGUAUAUUGAAAAUACCUUGGAAAAUAUAUUUAGUUUAAUUUUUAUUACUAAUAAGUACAAUUUAUGAAGAUUCUUUUAUUAGAGGUGUUUUGGGUGCAAUGUUUAUAAACAAACCAAGUACCGAGUAUUAGCCGAGUAAUAAUAUCUAUUUUAAUCAAUAAUUAAGUAUCUACUAAGAGCUAGUGGCUAAGACACCUAGUCACAAGCCACUAAGUAAUUGCUCAAUAAAAAAUUAAAUAAAAAUUUUUUUUUUGUUUUUUCGAGCACACAUUUUUUUCUCACUACAUCGACAAAUGAACAAGCAUAAGACAGUGAGCCAGGUACCGAGAAAAAAAAAUGUAUUAUUAUGCUGGGUAAUUAGUAGUCAUGGGGUACAGAAUAUCAUAUUGGAUACCCGGUUAGGACUUAAUGGCCAGAUAUCAUCUAUACCUUAUAUUAUAUUUUUUAUCUUUUAUAUGAUGCCAAACAAUUAUGUCCAAUUAAAUCAUUGCUUAACCAACAAAAAAAUAAAGUAGGCACAAUGUUUUGGAAAUUACACCAUAUUUAGAAAAAGUUGAAAUAAAACAAAUAUUAUUCAAUGUAAGUUUCUGGUCUCUAUGAUUAUUUUUCACUAAAUUAUAAUAAAAAUUUAAAUGAAAAUUAACAGAAAUCGUAUGUGUGAAAAUAUUCCUGUUAUUCAUUUUUUUAUAUUUUCCUCCUUCAUUAAGAAAAAUAUUAGGAAUAUUUAAAACCGUCUUCUUUAAAAGCACUAACUAGGAACAAAAUUUGAUACUAGAAACCACCUAUGAUGUUGAUAAUUGGAGCAAGAUUUCUAGUCUAAAACUUGUUUACAGACAAAAAAAAAUUGAUAUUUACAUUCUUGCUUUUUUCAGAAUAUAAAAAUAUGUUGCCUAUUCAAAUUAACUAAAAAUAAAUAAAUAAAUAAGGCGUUGUUUAUUAUUUAAUUAUACCUAAGUAGGUUAUUUAAAUAUUAAUAGAAUAUUUAAUUUUUGACAGGCAAAAGAUCUUGAAGCUGGAAAUGUUGGAGCUGAUCGUUCAGUCAGAUCUAGAUUUUUGAUCCUUAGAGUAAUUAAUGAUCGUGUUUAUUCUAUAUGGGCUGUGGCUUAUAUUUUGCUCAUGUCAUUGCUUAUUACCAUUAUGAUGCUGUAUGGAGAAACAAUUUAUAAAGCUAUUGGACGAGCUUUCCAAGAGGAGGUAAACUAUUAAAUACAAUAAAAUUAGGUACUAUUAAUUUUCUUUAAUUUUACCUACAUAGUAAUUAUAAACAUUAGUUUAAAAAGCACUUGGUGAGAUAUUUUGAAUAUUUGAUUUUUUCAUGAAAUAAUUAAUUUGUAUUUAAAACAUUAAAAAUUAUAUUACUCAUAGUGACUGUAGUACCUUGGUAAAAAAAAAUAUUGGUAAUAACAUGUAAUUUACAUAUAAAUUUAAAUUGUUUUUUUUUGUGCUAGUGUUUUAACAUAAGUAUUUUGUUGUUGGAAUAUGAGACAGUUGACAACAUAAACAGUACUAAAUUUUUACAAAAUGUAUUAUUGUUUGAUUUAGUUCUGUAAACAAUUUUACAUUUGGUUUUUUUUUUAGCUGAUUUAAUAAUCACAAUGUUAGCUGUCAUUUUUAAAAUAAUGUUUGAUGUAACUUAUAUAUUUUUUUUAAAUUUAUGUCAUACAAAUACAAAUUUGAAUACCUAAAAUUUUUUUUAUUGUCAAUUAAUAAACAUAUAAAUUUAAGACAAAAAACCUGAUCCAUGACAUAGUUAAUACUUCCAUUUUUAUUCAAAAGAUAAAUUAUAUUAUGAUACAAAUAUUUAUUUGUAUUAUACUUGAAGAUUAAACUCCAUUUGUAUCAACCUACCUACCUAGUAUUAAUCUUAAUGUUGUAAUCAUUCUGUAUAUUAUCGUAAACUAACUAAAAUUAUUUUAAAAAAUAUCCAUGUAUAAUAUGAUUAAAUAGUAUAAUACAAGAGAACAAUAAUUCAUAAUGUAAUUACUGUCUAUACAGCUGUAAACCAGUUGUUUGGUUUUAGCUAAAAGUAAUAGGCGUCUAAAAUUAUGUGUUUUUUAUAUAUUGAUUUUUGAGAGAGCGUUAGUAAGAAUUAUUUGCAGUUAAAAUUGAAAACAUGUUUAAAAAACAUAACCACUACAUUUUCAGCUCUUAUAGAUUGUUAUCAAAAGUAUUUGCAUGAUAUUAGAUUUUAAAUUACUUUUUUAUUUAUUUUUAUUACAAUUUUUUUUAAAAAAAGUAUGGGACUUAAAAUUUAAAACAAUUUUCUUUAAUAAUGGUACUAUAUCAACAUUGUAGAUGUAAAGGAAAAUUUUUAAACAUUGGAUUCUGUGUAGAAGAUAUUACUGCUUCUUUUAAAAUAUAAUUUUGUCAUCCAAAUUCUUUUUAAUUAUAUUAGUUUUUCAAAUAAUUUUUAUUUGGCGAAAAUAUCUGUAUAAUAAAAUAAUGUUUUAAUUUUUGACAAUGUACUUGUAUGAUAUAACUUUUAUACCUUAUGUGUAAACAGUUUGCCUACAAUAUGCAAACAUGUUCCAAUAUAGUGGUGUGUUAUUUUAUCAUUAUGUCAUACAGCUAGGUAAUUCUGGUUACCUAUUUGUUAUUAAUAUUAUUGACAUGUUUAGUUAAAAUACUUGGUGUUGCCUAACUUUACUAUAAUACAAAUUAUUGUAUAAUUUAAAAAUAAAUUUGCUUUGAAAAUUGGACAGAAAUAGAAGUCUAUUUACCUACUUAUUUUUAUUCAUGAACAAUAAUAAUCGCCCCUUGGGUAUUUGUAUGAAAUACAGUUUUAAUUGUAUGGGUUUCUUUAUUAUAUUCAUUAAAUAAAAGUUAUCUAUGUUAACCAUCCAUAAUGCAUUUUCAGUAGUCUAUUAUUUUAUAUCUAAAUUAUUGUUAAUCUAAUGCUAAUUAUACUCAUGAAUAAUUUAUUUAAUUAAAUCGUAUCAUUCAUGUAUUUGUUUUUAUAGAAGUAUAGCCUUCAACUAAAUUAAACAUCAUGGAUCGUAAGAUCAGUCAAAAAUGUUUUAUUAUUUUUGGUUUUAUAAUGAUAAUAAUUAUUUUUUAAGUAUUGGAACUAAAAUAGUAUAAGUGUUCAUAAAUACUUAUUUUUUAUUUAAUUAUUAAUUAUUAAAACAAAAAAAAAAAAAAACUGCCUAUAUUAAUUGUGCAUAAUACAAUUAAAUUUUAGCAAUAAAUCAUUCAAAUUGGAUAGAAUUAAUAACUUUCGUGAAUUUUGCAUUAUAAACCAGUAAAGAUUUUAAAUUAUUUUAAUUUGUAUUUGUUGUCCCAGUAUGGAGAAUCAUUCAAAGAACUUAAACAUUUUAUUUAAAUAAAACUUAACUCAAAAAGAAAAUAUAAUUUUGAUUAUUUCGAACAAUUUCCAAUAUUGAAUUUAUGAGUUACCAUAGCUAAAAGUUAACACUAUAAUGAAAUGGGAAAAUUAUUUAUAUUUCAUAUAUUUAUUAUAUCUAUAUUUAUAUAAUUUAUUAUUUUGCCAGUCUAAAAUUUACAUUUUAUUAUUUAAAUAAACCUUUUAAAUCAUAAGAAUAGCAUAAUUUUUAAUUAUUCAAAUAUUUGAAUUUUGUAUAGGAUCAAACUUACUAUGGAACACAUGAAUUUGCUGUAAAUGAUAAAUUGUCUGCUUUUCAAAAUUUAAAUAAUGAUUUAAAUGAGUAUGAUGAAAGUAACCAAUUAAUUGAAUUGAAACAAUUUCAAGUAUGUAUUUAUUGAUUUUUACUAUUUAAAAAAAAAAUACAUUUCAAAACAGAUUUACUGAAUAUUUACAUAUUUUUUGAUUAUAAAAUGAUGAUAAAAUGUUUGUGAAUAUAUAUUUAGAUGUUAAAUUCUUUUUUACUAUGUAAGGGGUUUUUUUUUCAGAAUAUUCAUUAAUUUCGUACAAAUUCAGUGUUUAUGUUUAUUAUUAAUUUAUAAGAAUUCUAAAUUUGUUCAUGUUUUUUAAAAUGAAAUAAAAAUAUUAUUAAUUGUAUUAUUUUUUUUAAAAAUUAUUUUAAUAUAUUUUGACAAGGAACUUACUAAACAUUUAAAUAACUUGAACCAUCAGAUGCUUACCUCAGAUCUUAAUACCGAUGAUGUGAUUUCUGAAAUGAAAACCAAAAUACAAGAGCAAGUUGAAGAAAAUUAUGAAAAUAUUGUUUCUAAUUCUGCACGUUUCAUCCAUGAUUUCAGCGCAGUAUGUUUUUUUAUUUGUAUUAUUCAUUUCUAUUUACUACAACUUAUUUAUUAAUUCAUUUAAUUUUAGAAUGUCACUGGCAUUGUAGAUGUUGUUGGACAACGGUGUUUCAUUAUGCCAUUAAACCGUACAGCUGUAGUGCCACCCAGUUCUUUGUAUGAUUUGUUGUUUAAAAUGUCAAGUGGUAAGUAUUAAUGAUGUUUUAACACAAUUUAAUUUGAAUUUAAUUUAAUUAUUUAUGGCUGAAUAAUUAAAUAUGUCAGUGAUAUGUUCAGUUUUUGACAUAUUGCACAUUAUGGGGUAAAAACAAAAAUUUGAGAACUAGAAAUGAUUUUUGUAACAGAUUACUACAACUUAUACUUCAAGAUAAAAGAAGAGUUAGAAGUAUCAUGGUUAAAAAAAACCUAGGUCAUUGAUUGCACACAAUAUCAAGUGAAUUAUUUUGUAUUUUAUCAAUCAACUAAAAAAAAAUAUUCAUUGUCAUUUCCAACAUUCUAAACAAAUAGGCACACUAAGAAGAAGACAAUUUUUAAAUGUUAUCAUUUUAUGUGAUAUCCCAUAUCCCGCCCAUUUAGAGCAAGCUCAUUGUAUAUUUUAUUUGUAGCAUAUAAAUAAAAUGUUGACAUAUCUAUAUAGUUAUUAAGCCAUGAAAUAGUUAAUCUGUUCAUAAUUUAUUUAAUAAAAUGUAUUCAUAAAAAAAUAACUUAUAUUAUUAAUAUUUUUUUAAUAGGAUAUUAUACUGUUGAUACUACAAACGUUAUGCAUAAUAUGCGUAUGGUCAAACCUGCUGUAAAAGAUUUCACUCCAUAUGGGGCAUAUAUUGCUAAAGAUUGUGCAAAUUACCCGACUUUUAAAUUGGAAAAAAUCAUUUCUGGAGGUGUGUAAAAAAAAAAAUAAAUACAGUUUUGUCUUUUAAUGUAAACUAUCAUUUUAUGAAAAACACAUUUUAUUUUUAUAUUAACCUGGUUAACAUUAUAUAAUUUCUGCAUGUGCAAAAAUUGUUUAUAUAAUGUUAUUUUAGUAAUUUUAGUUUUGAAAAAGUGCUCUAGCUUUCGGUAAAUGGAUAUUAUACUGUUAUACAUAAUUAAGCUUUUAAAAUUAAAUCUUGAUUAAAGUUUACCAAUGUUUAUUUAUGUAUUUGGUUAUGGUAUUAAAAUUAAACCUUUUCCUUUUACAAUUGUAAUGCAGUAUAGAAAUAUAUUAGUACAUUAAAAUAGUAUUAUAGUUCAUGCAGUAGAAUAUUAUUUUUGCCUGAAUAUAUAUAAUAUGUAUAUACAUAAUGUGUAUAUAUAUACAUAUAUUUUAAAUAUCGCUUGCUCUUAAUGUUAAUUGACCAUAAUGGGCUAUUUUUUUUUGAUUUAUAAUAAUAAUAAUAAUCUAAAAAUACCAACUCUGUCUUGAGUACUUUAAACAUUCCAAUUGUUUUACAUUGAAAUAAAGAAAAAAUAAAAUCACAAUUUAAUUUCUUUGUUAAUAAUAUACAAUUUAUAAAUUAUAAAAAUCAUUUGAUGUUUGAGAUAUUUUAAUUUACAAAUAUAUUUACCUAAUUAUAAUUAUUUUUUGUUAAUUAUGUACUAAGAAAUGUUCAAAAUAUUCUAAUUACAAGAUUUUGGCACCUAGUUAAUAAUUAGCCAAAUUAUAUACAAACUAAGAGUUAAAUACAAAUUGAUGAGUAAACACAUUUCUAAAAUAUUUUAUUUGGCAAUAUAAUUAAAUAUAUAAUAUACAGUUAAAGCUGCAUGCACAUAUUAUUAUUUUAAAAUAAUUGAUUUAUUAUUUGGUAAUCUAUUGCAGUAAUUUUAUAAUUAAAUAUUUUUAAUUGUGUAGCUAAUGGCUUAUAAUUUUUAACUUGAACCUGGUGCCAUUUAUUUUAUAAUUUAGAUUAAUAUGAUAACAAAUAUACAUUUGAUAGUAAGUUUUCUUAUUAGCUUAUUUAUUCGUUAAACAAUAUCAUGGACCAGACAUUUUUUUGGAGAAUUUUAAGGGAAAUUGAUUUAUGUUUUUUCUAUCAUUAUGGAACAUAUGGAAUCUUUAUUUUAACACUAUUUUUAAUUUUUUACUCCUAUAUAUAUGGAUAUACCCUUAAGUUUAUAUUUUUUAUUUUCAAAUAAGAAUCCUCUUUGUUUGAAAAUCAAUUUGAAUACAGCAUAUUUGUCUAAAAAUGUUGACAUGUUCAAUACUAAUAUUUGGUUUACCGCUUACGAAGUUAUAACAGUUUAAAAUUUAUGCAGGGAAAACAGGAAAGGAUGUUAUGCAUUUAUCAUCUAAAAAUGAACAUGCAAUUUAUUUUCCCUACUUCUGUGGUCUAAAUUUUAAACUGUUAGCUGUUAAAAAUAAAUCCGAUGUUACUGACUUACAUGUUACAGUUUUUUGUAUUCAUAAAGAGGGUUCCUAUUUAAAAAUUAAAAUUAUAUUCUCAUGUAAAGUAUAUAGUAAAGGGUAAAAAAUAAAAAUUGCUAAGUGGAAGUGAUUCCACAAUGAUUGAAAAAAAUAUAAAUCAAAUUCAUAAAAAAUCCUAAGGGAAAAUUGUUGGUUCAUAAUAAGUUGAUUACCCUGUAUAAUAUUAUCAUUAGUUGGCUUGAAAAUUUCACUCAUAAUGUAUUGGUGUCCAGGUAAUUUCUAACAAUAAUUUCUAUUUGCGGCUUGACAGUGCCCCAUUAACUAAUUCUUUGUUAUGUCUUAGCUAUCUGUUAAAUCUAUAAAUACAUAAGCAUUGGCAUAUUUUUCUUGGAAUGGGAGACCCAUAGUUCCAUAGUUAGUAACAUGUGAAUUUUUUGGAGAGGCUCAAUAAUAUUAAAUGUUUUGUAAAUUAUUCCAAUUGGUUUUUAUAAUUCAUCAAUAAUUUGUUUUUUGUGAACAUUUUUAUCAUAAAGUUACUUUACUACACUUUGGAAACUAAAUUGACCUGUGUUUAAAAGUUUAUUUAAAAUUAAUUGGUGGAUAGAGGACCCCUAGCGGAAUUGUAAACUAUGAUUUUAGUUUAUAAUGUGUCAUUUAACAAAAAAUUAAUAAUAUAAUCCAAUUCAUUUAAUUUGUCCACAAAUUUAUUAUGAGAUUGUGUACCAUGUAGAUACCAAUAUAAUUUUUUAUUUAUAUUCAAUUUACAAUUCUUACCUUACCUCAAUAUGGAUUAAAUAUACAAUUUAUUGUCUUUGUGCAGUUUGCUGAUGCAAAUAAUAAACUAGUAAAUACUUUAAUACAAUAAUUAAAUUAUAAUUAAAAUGGAACUUUUUGAAUUUCAUUGAUUUCUUUAAUUUCUUUAAUUUCGUAAAAAAAAAAGAAGAAAAUAUAUAAGAAAUUUUCGAAAAUUCAUUAUGAUUUUUCUCAGAUCUUCAGUUUUAUAAAAGAUACUGGUAAAUAUUAAAAUAUUGAACGUAGGUACAUACUUAUAUAAUCAAAGCUCAGAAAUUUAAGUAUUUGAAUAUUUAUUUUAAAAUAUCAUAUUGAACUUCUGGUUUGAUAUAAAUUUGUGUCAUAAUUGGUACCUAUAUAUCGAAUAUACAAAUGUAUACUGCAUACUUUUACAUAUUACCUUUUUUUUGUGUACAAAUUCUCAUAUUUUAGAUUAAAAAGCAUAAAAUGUUCUUAAUACAUUUUUUUGAUAACUUUCAAAACUGAAAAUAUAUAAUAUUUUAUUUUUUAUCCUAGUUUGGCUCACGUUCUAUUUUUAUUUUACUCAUCUUAUUUGAUAUUUUAUGCAAAACAUUUUUUAAUUAUAAGGAAAAUAAAUAAAAUGACCUCGAUGCACCAACUAGAAAAAAUUGCUACAAAAAAAUUACAAUAAAAAAAGAAAAACGUGAAAUGUGAUCAUAUAAAAAUUUUGGGGUUGAUAGUUAAAACACCAAUAGACACAGACACAUACUUAAUACUAAGACUAGACAUAUAAGAAAUCCCUUAGCUUCAUUAUACUGGUUGUAGAAAGGAAAGAGUAAGAUACUACAAAACAUGCAAUGCAGACUAUUUGGUUCUUUAUCCUAGACUGGUAUAUUGAUUUUAGUAUAGCAAAAUACAAGAUAUUCGAUACUUUUCAGAACUGUAUCACAAUAUACGACACAAUUAUAUUUAAGUUACCUAUUUAGGAUACUUAUAUCGAGGAUACCGCCAAAUACUAUCUAUAGAGAUGUUAUCACCCACCUCCCGUAAUAUUAUGUUAAAAUUCAAUCCAAUUUUCAUCACUUUAAUCCACCUAUAUAAAACAGCUCUAUUUCCCGAGUUCGAGCUAAUUUUGUCCACAGGCAGCCGUAUCCAAAAGUAACGUGAAGAAGAUACUCUGUAUAUAUUAAAUACCUACCUACUAUUAAUUAUACUUAUGCGCUACAGAAUACAGACUAUAGCCUCUACUUUCUGGGAACACAAAAAGAAAAAAAAAUAACCGUUAAACCAAUACGUGCUUCAAUACAUUCAAAAUUUAAAGAAAAUUACUAUUUUAUAUACGACGACGACUUCCAAAUUUGACCGGUUCACGUACGUGUAUAAUAUACCUAUAUGUAGUAGGUAACAUACCCUACACGGUAAGUCGUAUAUCCUAAAGGGAACUAUUUGUUACGCACCGAUUUUCCGAGAAAUGGUUUAAGGUGGCGUCGAACAUGCAUUUGUGGUUUUUGUCUGUCUAGCGGACAUAUAGCAAAAAUGUGUUUUCGUACUCUUCCAAUAAUGAUAUACUAGGAUCUCAUUGGUCGUAUAAAUUCGAUUUUGGUAUUGAAAUAAACACAAGAAGUUUUUCUAUAAAUGUCUAAAUCACGGGGUUUUUGAAAUCAUCGUCUGUCGAUUUUAUGUAAUUUUUGCAAAAUGUUUUUCAAAACAAAAAUGUUAAUACGUAAAUAAAGUAGGUUUGAAAAAUAACUAACUGUUUUUAGACAUUAAGUACAAUUUCUCGUGUUUAUUUCGAUACUUACCAAAAUCGCGUUUAUACGACCAUCCACAACUCUGCAGUAGAUUGGGCAAAAUUAACUGGAAAAAGAUAAGGACUUCACACGAUGAGUGGACCACUGUUGUAGGUGAGCAGUUUGGAAAGUAGGAUAUAGAGGGGAAUUUAAUUUAUAUUUGAAUCUUCGCAAACGAAAAAUGACUUUGAUUAUACAUGUUUUCAAAGGCUGUUAUAUUUAUAACUUCAAAAUAAUUAAUUUCGUAAAUUUUCCCAGCUUUUCCAAUUUAUUAUGAAAACAACUUGAAAAAUUAAAAAAUAACUUAGUAAAAAAACUACCAACCCAGUCAAAUUUUCCUUAAAAAAAAAUGCUACACUUGAAAAUCGGAGCAAUGUUUCUGCUAGAAAAAUUGUUUAUAGAAAAAAAAAAAUAAAAUAAAAAUCGUAAAACCAAUACAUUUCUUGCUUCAUUCAUAAUUUAAAAUUAGAACUUUUACGAUUAUUCAGAAUUUUUAAAUAAACUUAAUGUUUUUGCACAGUUGUGUUAAAAAACUUCUUCUCUUCAAUAUUUAAUCAUUUAUUGGUUUUGCCUUGAUACUGGGGCAAAAUCGAUUUGUAUUGAGCAAUAUCUAUGUAUAGUAUGACAGGUACUUGAGAUACUAAAAUUAUUAUGAAAAACAUAUAUGAUAUUUAGCCUUUUUUGAAGAAAUUAAAAAAAAUAAAAGCAAGUAAAACUUACUGUUGUAUUUAAGUAGGUAGGUAUUUAAAUUACCUAUAGUAAUAUAGAUUUCAUAAAUUGCUCUUAUAAUUUACUGUAUAUAUUACCGAGUUAUAUAUGAUUCAUAUAUAUUUUAAAAACGUGUAAAAAUAAUUGUAAUUACGUUUAAAAUCUUCGUCGCUGAAUAACAAUUCAAACCAAAUCGUUAAAAUAGAUGUUAGUGGCGAUAACAACAUAUUUUAUGAUGAGGAAUGAAAUAAAUUAAAAAUUGAAAUCAUUUUCACUCAUGGAAUAACUACUGCAUGUUUAGCAAAAUCUUGUUCAACCACUAAUGGAAGUUCGAAAACACAUUUUUGAUAUAAUGCUUGUUAGAUUGACUGAGACGUGCACAUUUAAUGCACGUUUGAUGUCCUCUUAAAUUAAUUGUAAAGUAACAAAAACCUAUUGCACGGCUGCACGUUCGAACACAUAUAAAUAUUAAUAUUAUUAUAAUGGUCAUCGAUUGAUUAUGGUUAUAAUUAUGGUAUAUUUAUCUUAAGAUGUAUAUGAUUACCAGGGCCGGAUUAUGGGAGGUAAAGAGAGCGCUUGCUCCUCCCCUUCCAGAUGCUAGAUUUAAUAGGUGCAUAUGUUUUGAAAAAAAACUGCAGUUAUAUGUUUGAUGUAACCCUUUUUUUUCCUCUGCUUAUUAUUUUAGAUUGCCUGUGGGUAUAUGCUCCAAGGCGCGUUACAUGUGUUCUGAGUUUUUAGUAGGUACCUAUAAAAUAGUACAAAAUCAUGAUUUAGAUGAAUUAAGGAUAUGAUUUUCUAUGGAUUAUACCCCUUUCCCAACAAAGUCCUAUAAUUACUUUUAAGUGUUUAUUGGGGAUAAUUUACUUUUUUUUAAGUGAAAUUGAGGAUUGCAAAAUCAGGAAAUGAAGAAACCUCUCUAAAAUAUUUUCCAAAUUGCUCCACUAAUUUUAUAUGGAUUUGAUUAAAUAACAAAUUUUUAUUUACACAAAUGUUUUAUAAUAAAAAAAAAGUUUUUAUAUUUGGAAAAAUGUCUACUAUUGCUUAUUAUUGUAAGUUUGUUACAAAAGCACAAGCCACCAUUGAUUUUGAAUCAUUUUUUGCACAUUAAACAAAUUAUUGCUUUUUUGCCUGUCUAAUUGUAUUGUCAGAUGGUAUGGGAAAUACAAUGUAUACUUAGAAGUAAUUCUUUGUUUUUGUGUUUUCAGUAUUCAAAAGGAGCGUUCUGUCCAGUGGAAAAGUUUUUUCAGAAUUUGUGGGAAAAUCAGACUCAUUCAACAUUGUGAACUAUUAUGAAGCUGUUUGAUAACCUCAGCUACAUAAUGUUCGAUCUCCCCUACAAUUUUUUGGAACUACUUAAAUGAUAAUAUUAUAUACCUUCUAUAUUUUAUGUGGUUUUUUGUUCGGAAAUCCCCUCCCCUCACAAAAAAAAAAAAACUAAUUUGAAUAUUUAUAUACCUAUAGUGGUGAUUGCCUGCCUAUAGUUAUGUAAUUAUAUAACAUAAUAUCAUUAUUUCGUUCAAAUAUUAAACAAAUUAUUAUUAUUUAUAUUAUUAUUAUUAUUAUUAUUAUUAUUAUUAUUAUUAUUAUUAUUAUUAUUAUUAUUGUUAAGUAAGUUCAUACUUGUGAUAAAUGAGACACAUCUAUUCCUUUUUUUUUUUUUAGAUAAAUUUGUAUGUAUAGUAUAGCAAACAUUUUAUGAUGACCUCUGUAAUACCCAUAGUGGUACACAUUGAUCAAUUUUUAGAACACAAAAUGCAGUAAACAAAAUUAUCUUUUUUAUUAUUAAUUAUAUUUUUCUUUUACAAACUUUUUAAACAUUUAAACGUUCCAUUAUGUAACAUAAAUAUUCUAGUUAUCUACACCCACCCACUCACCCACUCCUCAUUUUAAGUCAAUCCCAGCAGACACAAAACAUAAUACUGUUAUUGUUUUUAUUAUUAUAGAUAUAAACAGAGUUUAAAACUAUUAACAUAUAAGAAUACACAAGAAUUCUUACACCAGAAUAACUGCAAUUUAUUGUUCAUAUUAUAUCUUUGAUCCCAGGGAAUAAGGGUAAAAGUCAAUUUUAUUUGAUCUUAGAUCCAAGCAAAUUUAAUUGCUAAAUGGCUAAAUUGUUUAAUGUUUUAUUAAUUAUAUGACAUUCCUUUUUAUGUUUGACAAAAAAUGCAUAAAAUUGUCUUAGAAAAUUUUAACUUUCAGUAGUUGUGUUAGAAUAUAAUACACCUAAAUGUCAUUGUAUUUAUACCAUAUAAAAUAAAGGAAAAACUAUUAAAUAUGAUACAAUUAUAUAUAUGCAUAUAAAUAUACCAAAAUUGACUUAAGCUUUUUUUCCCUGGCACAUAAGAUAUAAUAUUUAAUAUUAUAUUAUUACUGCAUUUGAAUUAAACUACACAAAACUUAUUAUGUCUAGGGAAUUUAUUAUUUUACAUAUAUAUAUAUAUUUUGUUUUUUGUUUAGACAAAUUGUAUUUUUUAUAAGACAUAUCAUACACAAUGUAUCAGUGUGAACAUAAAAUAAUUAUUAUUAUUAUAGGAGCAUAAAUAUAUAUAUAUAUAUAUAUAUAUAUAUAUAUUAGAAAUGUUAGAAUAAACUGCUCACAACUGUAUAAUAGUACAAUUAUUGUUGAUAUCCCAAUAUUCACACUUAAUAUGUCCACAUAUCUUUUAAUAUAUUUACAUAUCUUUAUAUUACUACAAUAAUAUAUACUGUAUAUUCAAUAAAAUAAAUUUAACGAAAAAAAGUACAAUGUGUUACAGGUAUUCAGAUGGUACUCCUAGGUAUUGUACUGUUAUUGUCUGUCAUGAGUAAUAUAGGUAUUUGAUUUACAAACAACCACUUGUUUAACUAAUCAACAUAAAAUAUUAGAUAUUGAAUAGAAUUUCAAACACUGUUGUGUAUAUAUACUGACUUAAAAAUAAGUACAUUUAUGAAAAAAAAUACAAUUAUAC